GCUAGUAGUACUAUUUAGAACGCGAAUUCUUUUAAAUAGAACAUGAAAUUUGUACUACAGAACUGGAUUAUGCAUUGCAGUGCAUCUGGCGUGUAACUUACCGAAAAUCUAUCCUUCUGUUCGAUCACAAGCUCCGCAGAAUUGUAUAAAUUGCUGAAAAAUUCCUAGAAUCGGAAUUUAAAUUUUCAUUUCCGUUAAAUUAAAAUAAUUAUCUAUAAUCCAAAAAAAAAAAAAAAAAAUUCUUUCCCAUUCAUAAUACGCAGUUUCUUCCCCCGUCUAAAAUUUUUUUCUUUCUUUUUUUUUUUGAAGGAAUUUAUUAUUAUAGCAAAAUGUCACAAGAUGAUUUCGGCUGUACAUCAUCAAAUCCUAUCAGAACCUUAGUUGGAAAUUUACUUAUGAAUGAACGAAAUAAUGAAAGAACGAUAUUGAAAAAUUUGGAUACUAGUAAUCAAUUUCGUAAGUUAGAUGAUACUAGCGAAGAAUUAGAAGAGAUGAAGGAAGAAUUUUUUGGCGUAAAAGAAGUUAAUAUUAUUAAAGUGAGCAAUAACAUCAAAUACUUAUUAUCCAAAGUAUUACUUAAAGCUAAUAAAUCAAGAAAAACGAAAUUAAUAGUUAAUCAACAAAGUGAUGCGAGUUAUUCUAUUACAUUUGCUCCGGUCGUUGGAAAGUUCAAGAAAUUUAAAUUAAAAUGCUCAUUUCAAAUUGAUGUGUACAUUCCAAAGAAUAAUGUACAAUUCAAAUAUUCUCAUAAGAGAAGUAUAAGAUACCUAAUCGAUACUCAAGAUUCUAAAAAAUUCAACACAGAACAACAUGACCAACUUUCUUUGAUGGCAAUUAAAGCCUAUGCUGAUUGGUUGAAAUCUAUUUUUGAAUCUGGAGGAUUCGGAAUGAAGUUAAGAAGCGUAAAAUUUACACAAAUUGAACGAAUGAAGGAUAAAACCAAAAAACAAAAGAAAAAGGGAGAAAAGAAAGAGAAAAGAAAGAACAAAGCGAAAAGGACAGAAGAAAUGAAUAAAAAGGAUGAAGAUAAAAAAGAUACAAUUAAAUGUGAAAAUAAAGAGAUAGAGAGGCCAAUAUAUAUCGUAAAAUCUAAAUUGUAGUUUAAAAAAUAUGAAUCUAUAGAUUACGAUGUAGGCUUUUAACUUAUAUACUAUUGUAGCAAUUUAGGAAUAUAAAAUAUUAAAUAACUUAUAAACGCUUAAAUUUGUUGUUUGCAAUAAUUUUUAAUAAUUUGUAUUUUUCAAUUAGUAGUAAUAAUUUAAUACACAAACUCAAUAUUAUAAUAAUAUCGCGACUUUGCAUUGUGAACACAACCAAAGUUUGUAGUAUCAGAAGAACGUUUCGCUUAAAUCUAAAUUCAAAUUAGAAACCAUACCCAAUUGGAGAAAAAUUAGCUCGUUCGGAAAAACAGGGCUAAAGAAUUAUAAAUUACUUCGUCCAAUUUAUGGUUCAGAAGCCAAGAAAUAAUUAAUCCCGAAUAGAAAGAAAUGCCUGAUUUGUAGAAGUAAUUACAUAUGAGUGGAAUAUGAAUUUCCUAUUCC